AUGAUGACAAAGAAUUUGUCUUUAACUGGCUCACAUUCUAACACUGCCAAAAACCUUUCUGUGCUUUCUAUUGUGGGAAUGCCAGGGCUGGGUAAGACCGCUCUUGCCCAACAUGUAUUCAAUGAUCCAAGGAUGUCUGAGGCUAAAUUUGAUAUCAAAGUCUGGGUUUGUGUUUCCGAUGAAUUUGAUGUUUUCAAUAUAUCAAGAGCAAUUCUUGAGGGUGUUACUAGAUCAACUGAUGAUAGUAGAGAUACAGAGAUGGUUCACAGAAGAUUGAAAGAAAAAUUGAUGGGAAAAAAAUUUCUUCUUGUUUUGGAUGAUGUUUUGAACAAAAACCAAUCUAAAUGGGAAGAAGUUCAGAAGGUCCUUGUUUUCGGAGCCCAAGGGAGUAGGAUUCUUGUCACUACACGUAAUAAGGACGUUGCUUCUACCAUGCGGUCAGAAGAAUACUUUCCAAAACUAUUACAGGAAGAUGAUUGCUGGAAGUUGUUUGCUAAAUAUGCAUUUCGUGAUGAUGAUACUCAACCAAAUCCAGAGUGCAGGGAUAUUGCCAUGGAGAUUGUUAAAAAAUGUAAAGGAUUACCUCUGGCCUUGAAAACAAUGGGAAGUCUAUUAUACAACAAAUCAUCUGUUUCAGAGUGGGAAACUGUGUUCAGAAGCGAAAUAUGGGAAUUGCCAAAAGUUCGUUGUGAUAUUGUUCCCACUUUAGCAUUGAGCUAUAUCCAUCUUCCUUCCCAUCUGAAGGCAUGUUUUUCUUACUUUGCCCUGUUCCCCAAGGAUUAUGAGUUUAAGAAGGAACACUUGAUGCACUUGUGGAUGACUAAAAAUCUAUGUUGUCGUCAACAUAGUAGGACUCCAGAAGAAGUUUGCCAACAAUACUUCAAUGAUCUACUAUCAAGAUCCUUCAUACAACAAUCAGGUCAAGAGGAAGAAGUAUUUGUCAUGCAUGACCUUCUAAAUGAUUUGGCAAAAUAUGUUGCUGGAGACAUAUACUUGAGGUGUGAAGUUGGUCAAAUAGAGAAGAUACAAAAAGAAACUCGUCAUUUUUCAGUUGAACUUGAAUAUGAUGAUCAAUAUUUUGAUGGGUUUGGAACUUUAUGUAAUACAGAAAGGUUACGUACAUUUAUGCCAAUAAGUAGAAGCAGGUUUUCUUAUCACUGGCAUUGUGGUAUCAAUAUGUUGAUACAUGAAUUAUUCUCCAAGUUUAAGUUCAUACGGAUUUUAUCUCUGUCUGGUUAUUCUGACAUUAAAGAGAUACCUGAUUCUAUUGACAAUCUUAAGCAUCUUCGUUCCUUAGACCUCUCCCAUACUGCAAUAGAAAAACUAACUGGAAAGAUAUGUUUACUCUCCCACUUGCAAAUACUGAAGUUGAACUUUUGUAAAAAUUUGGAGUUAUCCUCAAAUUUGCAUUUACUCACCAAUUUGUGUCGACUUGAAUUUAUAAGCACUACAUUGGCAAAGGUGCCACCACAUUUAGGAAAACUGAACAAUCUUAAAGUAAUGAUGGAUUCCUUUAAUGUUGACCAUGGCAGGCGAGUUGGGUGUUCACUGAAAGAAGCUUUCUAA